GAAGUCGAUCAAUAAAGUAUUAGUAGUUAGUAAAGAAAAGUAGGUCUUUUAUCGUGUUUUCUAGUUCUUUCGCUAAAUCGCUCGAGAUCACCGGUGCGUGAAAUCGAUCGAGCAUCACCACGUGCUAACCUUUUUCUCAUUGUAAAAAUAAAACAAUUUUUUCAGUCCGUGUGAAGGAAGGAAAGCUAUUGUUACUUUGUUAGUAGUAUUUAUAUAUUGGGGGUUUCUCUAUGUACUUAACAUUCAUAAAUCCAAUCCCAAGAGAAGAAUUAUUCCUGCUUUCUUUGUUUCCAGGGAGGGAAAAAGGCAAAUUUCCAGAUCAAAAGGGAGCCAAAGGUAAACGUUGUUCUUCUUUCUUCCUUUCUCUAUCCUAUCUUUCGAAGAAAAACCCUAACCCUGAGAUAGAAAAUAGGUACUACGUGGUACGUACUGUUUAUCAUCAUGGACUACUACAGUUUGUAUGACCCAAAUCUGGUUCCACAUCAAUGUACAAUCACGCUUCAGACUAUCCCUGACCCUCCUUCGCCUCCACCUUCGCCUCCUGUUGUUGUUGAUGAGCAGCCUCAGCAGGAGGAGGAGGAGGAGGCUGAGCUGGAAGUGACCGGCGGCGAGGCUGUUGUUGUUGGCGGCGGGAGUGGAGUGCCCAUUAAUGGAUAAGACAUGAGAGGGCGCCCAUUGAUGUUGCAGCUAGCUAGCUUUGUUUUUUGACGUUAUUUAUUUAUUUGCUUCUUCUCUUGUUUACUAGACAAUUUGCUUAUUAUUUCGUUUGGUUGGUGUUUAUGCAAUCAUCUAUAACUCUUCUUGUUGGCUCUGUUUUGUGGUGGAUAUAGGUAUGGUUGUUGUCCUAGUGUGUUUCUCUAAUUUUGCUUUUCCUUAUUUUUGCUCCAUUGUUGUUCAAAAUGGUGAUGCAUGAAAACCUAGGGGUCGAUCAGACUGUUAAGCAGUAGUAUAUGAAUCAAAGUCCUGGUGUGGGUUGUUGUUGUAAGUAUGGAGUUUAGGUAUCUGGAUUGAGGUAAUAGGAUGAUCACGGACAGAAAUAGGGAGAAAUAAAAAACAAAGAUUUGG